AUGGCACGGACAGCCCCCGCUAAGGGGCAAGGUCAGAAGUCAAGCUUCCAGUCCCUGCCUGGAUCCGGGUUCUCCAUCAGUGCAUACUGGAAUGGUUGGAAGUGGCCUGAGGUGCCCACUGGGACUUGCUGGGCCUACAGCUGGACAAGAGAAAUAAUUGAACUAAGUACUGGUGAUGGGGUCAGGGCCCUCGGCCCUGUGCUCCCCCAGAAUUCUGUCCCGGGACACACCCUGAAGGUUGCUGCUUUUUCUUGGUCCCCACUGGGGUCCCGGCUGGCAGCCCAGAGACCACAAAGCAUCAGGAAGGUGGUGUCCUGUCUGUGA